AUGGGAGAUGAAUUAAUUUUGAAAAUUGUAGAAGUUAACCCUCCAUCUUCAGAAUCUGGCAGUAAAAAUAUCAUCAAAGCCACUGGUGAAUGGUAUACUAGAGAUAAAGAAGCUAAAAUUGUGAUUGAUUUCGGGAAUGCUUUAAUAUCACUAAUUUCUAUAUAGAACUAUCAUGCAGAUUAGGUUAAUAUAAGACUUAAAGGAGAAAACUCAGAUGAAAUUUAUUAUGACAAAGUAAUUUGGAAAAAAAAUGACGAAUGGAAUAAAUUAUAAAGUGUUGAUAUUGAACCAUUCUCUUAAGAAAUAUAUAAUUAAAUGAUUGUUGAGGUGUUAAAUUACACCUAGAAGGAUUAUAAGGGAUUAAAAAGAAUUAGAGUUUAUGGAGAACAAGACAAAGCAGUAUAUAACGAAAGGAAAAAAAUUCGGAAACAACAGAAGAAAGAAUAAAAAAAUAAAGAGAAAGCUUCGAAAGAAACUUAAAAUUAAGAAAAGAGUGACCAAAAGGAUCUAGCAAAGAAAACUAAAAUAGAUGAAUCUUCAACUAAAAAAAAUGAAAAUUGGGAAAAAUACAAAAAACCUUAAAAUCAACAGAAUAAAGAGCCUAUUUUUAUAGAUACUAGAGAAAAAUUGAAAAAUAUUCACAAAGGGCUAUCACCUAUCAAAGAAGAAACUGAAUAAUUUGAUUAGAAGGCUGUUCAAACUCCUAAACAACCUGAAGUAUUUGAAAAACUAGGCAUUAACGUAAAUGAAAGAAAAAUGAUUAGAUUCAAUUUCAAUUAAAUUGAUAAGUAAUUUUUAGAGUUGCAUUAGGAAUUAUAACAAACUUCAGGAAUCGGAAAAGAUAGGUAACUAAAUUAUGCUAAUUUUGAAACCCACUGGCUUCAAUGA